GACGCGCAGGUAGAGUAGGACAAGUGGCUGAGUUAUCGGACAGCGAAGCUACAUUCCUGGAUGGUACUGGGAAAGAGAUUGGCGACCAUUAUAUCCCCAGUGGACCGCUUUAGUGAUGAUUCAAACCUCCCUCCCCUUGACACCCUCAGGAGAAGCGAGAGUCGCAAGUCCUUUAGUCACUCAAAACUAAGAUCACAUAUUGCUCGACAUGGAGAACGACACGGGAUGCGUUCUUAGUGAGCUGAGGGCCAGAUCUCCUGAGCCGUUAAGCACGAGGAUCUAUGAACUACAAAGAUCACGGCAUGUGCAGGAGAAGACGCCAAUGCGAGUAUGCGUACAGGCGGAUUUGAGGAUUGACAAUGACCCCUUAAGCGGGACAGAUCCAAUUGAGCUGCAACACUUCAAGUCGAACGAGUACAUCGCGGUCUCGUGUCCGUGGUACAUUCCUGGCCAUGACACAGUGUCUGGUCGCUACAGAUUUGCUCCAGAGCAGCCGUCUGGAGUGAUUAUGCCCCCGGAUGACAUACUCAAUCGCAUCCUAAAUUUCAAGCUCUGCAAUCCGGACUAUGUGAACACGCCGUUCUGGAUCGACAAGAUUUGUAUCAAUCAAGAGGCGAGCGACCAGAAAGAGAUAGCAGUCCACUCCAUGGAUCUAGUAUACCAGUACAGCGGCCGAAAAGUAGUCACAGAUGGGAAUGUGCGGUUUGUCGGGUGUUCGCUGGGCCUCGCGUUCGUGGAAAUCAAGACCGUCGACCGAUUGACGAUGUUACGCAACUUGCUAGACGGCGAGUUCGCUGAUACCAUUGAGACUAAGCCAACGCUGCGAGUGUCGGUGGAGGAGGCGGUUGCCGUUCUUGACCUCAUCGAAUUGAUUCUAAGCGACAACUGGUGGCAUCGGGCAUGGAUCUUCCAAGAGGAGUUUCUCGCCUCCAAGCAUAUGGUUCUGCUUCUGCCCUGUACAUUGGACAGGACAGGUCUGUACGAGACCAACGAAGACGGUGUCGACCUUUUCGGGAGGACUAGAGGGGAAAUUGAAGUGCGACCGCUUAAUUUCCGAACUGAGGUCACUAUUUUCUGCCUUGCGCUAUACCAACAAGUCGACAAAACCAGUCAGGAUCGUUGCAACCAGAUCCUAAAGAAUGCUCGGCGGUAUUCGUUCCUGUAUAGAAGCGGAUACACGCCAGGAGCAGGCUCGAUUGUGAAGGCGAUGUCGCCGGCGAUAUUUGAGGAUAUCAGUGUUCGUGGGAUAACAGUGCCGUCCGACAUGUUGGCAAUAGCCGCAAACUGCUGCAGAUAUACCACUAGGCUGAACUCACAAGACUUGAAUCUCGUCAAAGCGAGUCUGAGUAUCGCCAUCCUGACCCUGUUCGUGGUCAAUGGAGAGAUACUGCGGCACGAUAUACCGCGAGACGCCGUCCUGAACCAAACAAUAUUUCAAGUAUUGAGCCGGGUAAAGCUGGUCAUUCAGCCACCCGUGCCCGCUGGAGAAUUGAUCUUUAUCAAGAUGUGCCGCCUUCCGGCCAUUAACAUGAAACCAGAAGGGCUAAUGGUCAAAGGUGUACUGUCGCGCCUGGACAAGAAAAUGAAGGUCAAAGUUCUCGAGUCGGAUCGGGACCUUUAUUGGAAGACCAACGAUACCACUCUGACGAGUACUCUUACUGACGCUGAGAUACGCCUGCUUAAGGCUUUGAUAGCAGAUUUGAAAAGAAUGAAGGAGGGCGGCGAUGCGCUUCAUACUAAGCUAAAGGAGUUCCUAUAUGAGAAAGCCGCCGAGAAGAAAGCAGGAAGAUCAGCGCAAUAUUGGAGCCUGCUUCAUAUUUCAGUAAUGAUGGCGAAAGCCAUCUGUCGGGCAAUUGCGGAGGGUAGGGUGCUGUGGCUCUCACGGCGUCAUGUCCCAGGAAGAUGGACACCUUGGCUCGGUAUUUUCAUCCCUGAUGAUCCUUUCGACGUCUCCGGAGUCAUCUCCUAUGCAUUCACAGCAAGGGAGACGGAUAAUGAGUUGAGAGAUCGAGGGGCGACACUAGCGCGACGAAAUGCUUGGGUGACCUCGUUGGAAGUCGGCUUCGAUCCCGCGACUAAACAGAUCAUGCCGAAGAGAUGGAUGAACGGUAUCAAUUUCUUCAACAACAGAGACCACCCCGACAAUUUUUUAAUGCCUUGGCCUAAGUGGAUGCAUUGAUAGCCGUAGAAGAGUGGAAUGGGCGUAACGAGUUCUCCUUCAAGGCCUCUGGUGUUUUC